CUAGUUUUUUUUCCCCGAAAGGAACAGACAAGCGAACUGGACUGGGAAACAGCAGCAGCAGCAGCAGCCGUUUGAAUUGAAUAUCAUUCCCCAUUUCGAGCUAAAACGUCGUUGAGAGCCAACCAGGAAGAAUCCAACGGCGCACCAUGCCUUCGGCUGCAAAUACCGCUACUGUUACCGCUGCAACUGCCACCACCGUCGCCGCCACUGCCAGCAACAACAACAACAGCACCAACGCCAGCAAGGAGAAGCGCUCCUCCAUCACUUCGCUGGGUGGAUCGGUAAUCUCAGGAGCAGGAGCUGGAGCCGGAGUCGCGACCACCAAUGGCCAGAGCAACAACAGCGCGGCAGCGACGGCGGAUGGCAGUCAAACGGAUUUGGCGAGCAGCAACAACAAUGGAAACGCUGCCAAAUCGAAGGCGAAUGCUGUGUCCGCUGCCGCCGUUCCAGAGCCGUACAAUCCGCUCAAGCAGCUGCUGGUGACCAUCGAGCACAAGAUCCGGAACCUGGAGAAGCGCAAGACCAAACUGGAGUCCUAUCGCGCUAUACAGAGCGGCGGAAAGGAACUGAGCGGCGACCAGGCUUCGGCAGUAGCCAAAUACGAUGCGGUCCUGGCCAAUCUGGAGUUUGCACGCGAGCUGGCCAAGCAUAUUCAGCAGCAGUCCAAGGAGGCCGAAAAGGAGCAGAAGAAGCAGGCGCGAAAGGACAACCUGGCGAAGACAAUUGCUGAGACGGCCAAGAUUCGGGAGGUUCUGAUCAUUCAGAACGUGCUCAACUGCUUCAACGACGAACAAGUGCGCAAUGAUUUUCUGGUUGGCGAAAAUGGAGCGAAAAAGUUGGAAAACACCGAACUGGAAGUGCUGGAGAAGUUUUUUAUUGAGACGCAAACUCGCCGCCCGGAAACUUCUGAAGAUGUAAGCUUCAUUGCCACUGCCCAGAAGUCUGCCGAACUGUUUUACUCGACCAUAAAUGCGCGUCCAAAGUCUUUCGGCGAAGUGACCUUCGAGAAGUUGCGAUCUCUCUUCCAGCAGAUCCAGGAUAGUGGGUACCUGGACAAGUACUACCUUGUUCCACUGGCCGAAAACGCGGUAGCCAACAGCACGGAUAGUGGAACUGGAAGCGGCGAUGGAGAAAGCGGCGACUUGUUGAACGAUGGCUCUGGCGAACUGGAUACGGAACUGCCAUCGGAGCCAUCGGCUCGAAACUCGUUGGAGGAGGGACUGGACAAGUUGCAUUUGGGCGUGCAGACAGAAUUGGAGCAGCAUCCAACGCACCAGCAACAGCAGGAGCGUCCGGGUCAUCAUUUGGAGCAGCAGCAGCAUCAGAGAGCUCCUUCCUUGGAACAUCUGCAGAACUUGGUGGUGCAGCAACAACAACAGCAGCAGCCGACGCAGGUCUACCAAGCAGCUCCUCAGGCCGGAGGAACCACCACGCCAGUGCAUGUUCUGUACGCCCCAGCGCCACCUGCCCAGCAGCAGCCCCAGCAGCCACCGCCGCACCCUCACCAGCUGUUGAGCAGCCCCGUGAAUCUCCAGGCCUUGCAAACUGGAGCAGCUGCUCCACCAGCACAGCAGCAGCAGCCACAUCCAACCCACUUUGCUCCCAAUGUGAGGGCCGUGGAGCAAAACUACUACAAGCAGCCACCGCAACACCCUCAAGGUCCUGCACUGCAGGGACCACCAACGCCCCAGCAACAGCAGUUUAUGCAGCAGUUGCGCCCCUUGGCGGAGGUCUUGGGCACAGGAAGCUUCCAUUUUCUGCAGGACAGUGAACUGGACAAUCCUGAGGCUUUAGCCCCGCCGCCUCCGACCAAUCAGGGAUUGGUAUUUGAGCAGCAACCGCAGCAGCCCAACCAUGUCGAAGAACCACCGCAGGCCAUACAAACGCUGACCUUCACCAACCAGUCGUUCCCGUCGCAGCAGCCCAAGCUCCAGCAGCCGGGACCGCAGCAGCAGCAGCUUUUCUCCCCGGUUCUGAUCCACGAGCAGCGUCAACAGCAGCCACAGCAGCAGCCGCAACCAAUGUUGAUCAUGCCGCGUCUGCCAACCCAACAGCCUCAGCAGCCUGCGCCUCAGGGAAUUGGCAUGCAGCCGGGCGAUGUGACCUCAGUGUUUCCAUACGAAAGUGCUGUGGUUACCUAUGAACAGCAAAUCCAGCAGCAACUGAAACAGCAACAACAGCAGCAGCAACAACAACAGCAGCAACAACAUGUACAGCAGCUGGAUGAGCCCUCAUCUGUGAACAGUGUUUCGAGUGUCGGUGCUGGUGGAGAUGUGGAGAACAAUGAAUGGCAUGCCCGUAACAACAAUACGAAUGCUGCCGCCACAGCUGCGCUCACGAAUGUGCUCAAAGGCGAGGCCACGCCACCGGCACCGCCCACCAAGUGGAGUUCGGAGAUGAAUGCGAUGAGUAGCGCAGCCUCGAAUGGCAGCAGCAACACCAGCCACAAGCAGGAGUGGGCCACGCCCAGGGACCACAGCGCUGGCGGUGGCAAUGGCGCUUAUGCUGAUAACGAGGGUAACAGCCAUUGGAACAACUCGCAAGGAGAGGGACGUCGCAACUCUGGCAACUAUCAGCGUCGUGGCGGAGACAGGGAUAACCGGGAUCGCGAUCAGGGUGGGCGAGGCGAUGAGCGGCGCAAUGGCGGCGACAGGGGCAACUACCGGUCGCGUCAAUACGGCAACUCAUCCAACACGAACGGACGCAAUUCGGGCAACAGCAGUGUGUACUUCCGGAACAAUGAGUCGGGCAAUGGUGGAGGCAACAGCUACUACCAGAACGGAGGAGGUGGCGGUGGCACCUACAACAAGGAGUCGCGCUACGAGUCUUCCGGCGGCGGCGGAGGAAGCUACCGGGGCCAGCGCGGUGGCAACCAGCAGAGGAAUGUGAAUGGUUCGUAUGGCGGAGGCAGGCCCAUGGGCGAUCGUGGUCGCGGCGGAGCGGGCAACCAGGGAGGUGGUGGUGGUGGCUAUAUAAACCGUCAGAACCAGUCGCAACGCAUGCCUCUUGGACUGGAGAAUAAAAACUGAGCAAACAAUACGUAUUAACCGCAAACAAAACACAUACAAUUCAUGCAAACCAUAAACACAAAAUCCAUACAGAAAACAAGGAAACCAAUCAUCAACAUGCAAGUAAUGGCCACGUAGACGUACAAUUAUUGUUACGCAAAACACUCUCAACCAUAAGAAAUGGAAAUCUAUCAAAAAGAAUCCUUUAUAACGCAACUAGGGAAUCGAAAAUGAAGCAGACACAAAUCAAUUCGUGCGCAUUUUUCAAUACGAUUUAUAAUUACUUCCCCUGAUUUUGGUUUAUUCGAUAAUGUAUUAAUAAUAAAACAAAAUAGUGGUUAGAAACAAGAAAGAAUUACAACUAUAUACAGGAAAGUAAGCGCUCCAAGGGUUUCUAAAACUCCCAGACAGGACAGGACAGGACUUCGUCGAAGGAAAACAAUCGAAAGAUGGGCAUAACACACAAUUGUAUGUGCAUGUAACUUGGAUCUGCCAUUUCUUGCUUGAUUUUACUACAUUUUACUGUCUGUUUGGCUGCGUUGAAGCUGAUGAUAACACAGAUGUCGAGAGAAAGAAUAUAAAAAGUAUUUAUACGUCUUAGCAAUUAAAUAACGAUUCUGAAAUAUACAAAUUAAUUACUAUUACCUAUAUAUAUAAACGAAGGAUAAAUAUAUUUAUAGUUUGUGCUCUUACUGUCCUGCUCUAUCCAAUUUCAACACCUUUUUUUUGUUUGUUCUGCCAAACUUUUACACACAAAUGAUGAAAACAAAAAUACAAAGCCACGUAAAAAAUAAUAGUUGUAAUUAAUACUGCGCGAAUGGAGAAGCGUGCACACUAACAGUGCAUUAUAAAUGAAAUGAAAACUAUGUAUUUGCAAAAUAGUACAUACAUUAAACAAAAGUAUAUAAGCCA